CUUAUUGUAGCUGAGUGAGCUGUGACUUACAUCUAAAACAAGUCUCUCUGGAGAGAGAAAGGAGGGGACUACUGCCUCUAAAAUGAGUCUCUCUGGGGAGAGAGAGGAGUGGACCACUGCCUCUAAAAUGAGUCUCUCUGGGGAGACAGAGGAGGGGACCACUGCCUCUAAAAUGAGUCUCUCUGGGGAGACAGAGGAGGGGACCACUGCCUCUAAAAUGAGUCUCUCUGGGGAGACAGAGGAGGGGACCACUCCCUCUAAAAUGAGUCUCUCUGGGGAGACAGAGGAGGGGACUACUGCCUCUAAAAUGAGUCUCUCUGGGGAGACAGAGGAGAGGACCACUGCCUCUAAAAUGACUCAAGACACCAGUUCAAAGAGUGUCCAGAAGCCCAGAGCAGAGUCCCCUACAACCAGCCUGCUAUCAAUGAAGAGUGAUCAGCCACCUGCUUUCAGCCAGGAACCAUUACCAGAUGACAAUAAGGAAGUGCAGAGUUUGGACAGUGAGGAUGCAUUAAAGAUCACACACAACCUUCUGGACAGAAGAAGUCAAACUCUGCUGACAGUCCAACAAGACAUUAAGGCUAAACUGAAACACAAGUAUCAACACAUAUCUGAAGGAAUUGGAGACCAUGGAAACCAAAGUCUGUUCAAGGACAUCUACACAGAGCUCUACAUCACAGAGGGUGGAAGUGGAGGGCUCAAUAAUGAACAUGAGGUUAGACAGAUAGAGAUGGCAUCCAAGAAACGAACCACACAAGAGACACCAAUCAAAUGCAACGACAUCUUCAAGCCUUUACCUGGACAAGACAAACCAAUCAGAACUGUGCUGACAAAAGGAAUCGCUGGUGUUGGAAAAACAGUCUCUGUUCAGAAGGUCAUCCUUGACUGGGCAGAGGGAAAAGCAAAUCAGGACGUUCAUUGCAUGCUUCCUCUUCCUUUCCGUGAUCUGAACCUGAAAAAGGACCAAUACAGUCUGAUGCAACUUCUUUCCCACUACUUCCCAGAGCUGAAAGAGAUUGACAGCAUUGAAGAUGGUGAAACCAAAACUGUUUUCAUUUUUGAUGGUCUGGAUGAGUGUCGACUUCCUCUAGACUUCAAAAACAAUGAGAAGUGCUGUGAUGUCACGAAGCAAACCUCAGUGGACGUGCUGCUGACAAACCUCAUCAAGGGGAAUCUGCUUCCCUCUGCUCUCCUCUGGAUAACCACACGGCCCGCAGCAGCCAAUCAGAUCCCACCUGAGUGUGUUGACCAGGUGACAGAGGUACGAGGGUUCAAUGAUCCACAGAAGGAGGAAUACUUCAGGAAGAAAAUCACAGAUCAGAAUCUGGCCAAUGAAAUCAUCAAACACAUGAAGACAUCAAGGAGCUUCCACAUCAUGUGCCACAUGCCGGUCUUCUGUUGGAUAUCAGCCACUGUCCUUGAGAUGAUGCUGAAAGAGGCAGAGAAGGAUGAAGUCCCCAAAACUCUGACCCAGAUGUACUCACACUUCAUACUCAUCCAAAUCAUUGUGAAGAACAGGAAGUACAACAAAGCAACAGAGACAAACCCAAAGGAACUGUCUCAGUCAGACAAAGAGAUGAUCCUGAAACUGGCAAAGCUGGCUUUCCAACAGCUGCAGAAGGGCAACCUGAUCUUCUAUGAGGAGGACGUGAGAGAGUGUGGUCUUGAUGUCACAGAGGCAUCAGAGUACUCAGCAUUGUGUACAGAGAUCUUUAAAGAAGAAUCUGGGCUGUACCAAGACAAGGUCUACAGCUUUGUGCAUCUGAGCAUUCAGGAGUUUCUAGCAGCAGUGCAUGCUUUAGAAUCAUGUCUGGACAAGAAGGAAAAUGUUUUCCCCCCCAAAGCAGUCACCAGUGAUGAUGAUGAUGAGGAGGAGGAAGAGGAGGAGAUUGAUGAUAAGCCGGAUGAGGAGGAAGAGAAGGAUGACGAAGAUGAGGAUGAUGAUGACGACAAUGAUGAAUAUAAAGAGAAAGAGUCAUUCCAGUUGCCUGAAUUAAACAGGAGAGCAGUGGACCAGGCCUUGAAGAGUGAGAAUGGACACCUGGACCUGUUCCUCAGCUUUCUUCUGGGCCUCUCUCUGGAGUCCAAUCAGAAUCUUUUACGAGGCCUUCUGACACAGACAGGAAGUACAACACAGACCAAUGAGGAAACAGUUGAGAGAACAGUCAGGUACCUUUCAUACAAGAUCAAGGAGGAAUCCUCACCAGAAAGGAACAUCAACUUGUUCCACUGUCUGAAUGAACUUGGUGCCAACUCUCUAGUUGAAGACAUGCAGACCUCCCUGCGAUCAGGAACUCUUUCAGAAACAAUACUAGAACCUGACCAAUGUUCAGCCCUGGCCUACCUGUUACUGAUGUCAGAGGAGGUGCUGGAGGAGUUUGACCUGAAGACAUACAACACAUCAGAGAAAGGUUAUCAGAGGUUGCUGCCCGUAGUGAAAACCUGCAAGAGAGCACUACUGGAUCGCUGUAAACUUGCAUAUGAAUCCUGUGAGACUCUGGCCUCAGUUCUGCAGACACCAAACUCCCCCCUGAGAGAACUGGACCUCAGCUACAAUGACCUGGGAGACAGAGGAGUGAAGCUGCUCUGUGAUGGACUAACCAGUCCACUCCGCAAUAUACAGACACUAGUACUAGCUGGCUGUAAACUCACAUAUGAAUCCUGUGAGACUCUGGCCUCAGCUCUGCAGACACCAAACUCCCCCCUGAGAGAACUGGACCUCAGCUACAAUGACCUGGGAGACAGAGGAGUGGAGCUGCUCUGUGUUGGACUAACCAGUCCACUCUGCAACAUACAGACACUAGUACUGGAUGGCUGUAAACUCACAUAUGAAUCCUGUAAGACUCUGACCUCAGCUCUGCAGACACCUAACUCCCCCCUGAGAGAACUGGACCUCAGCUACAAUGACCUGGGAGACAGAGGAGUGGAGCUGCUCUGUGUUGGACUAACCAGUCCACUCUGCAACAUACAGACACUAGUUCUAGGUCAGUGUGGUCUGACAGAGGGUUGCUGUUCAGAUCUGUCCUCAGUCCUGAGUUCACCCAACUCACAACUGAAACACCUGGAGCUGAGAGACAAUGACCUGCAGGACUCAGGAGUUACUCUGCUGUCUGCUGGACUGGAGGAUCCAGACUGUAAACUACACACACUGGGGUAAGUACAGCUGUUUCAGUCAGGUCGGUACUGAGCUGAGUUACACUGCUGUCUGCUGGACUGGAGGAUCCAGACUGUAAACUACACACACUGGGGUAAGUACAGCUGUUUCAGUCAGGUCGGUACUGAGCUGAGUUACACUGCUGUCUGCUGGACUGGAGGAUCCAGACUGUAAACUACACACACUGGGGUAAGUACAGCUGUUUCAGUCAGGUCUGUACUGAGCUUAGUAAAACAAAUUCUCUGAAAAUCUGAUGUUUCAUGACAAUGUUUGUGUCAUGGACAAAUGGAUGGGUGUCCUACAAGAUGAUUGACACCAGUACACCAACCUAGACAUCUGUUGUGUCUCUCUGUAGGCUGUCUGGCUGUCUGGUCACAGAGGAGGGCUGUACUGCUCUGUCUUCAGCUCUG